UAUCAUAUGUUUAGAAUGACAGAAUUUCUUACCAAGGGGCGGGCUGGUGUUCCUCUUAAUGCUACACUCUUUCUGGUUAACCAGAAGUAAAAAAUAAACAUGGCGAGAAAGAGUUACAUACAGGGCAUCUUAAUGUCCUUCAUUCUAUUUGAUGUUGGUUAUGUAUACAGUGAAAAUAUUGCAACUGGGACAAAUUACACUUUUCGUCCAGCAAUACAAGGAAGAAUUGAAACUUUUGACUGGAGACACAAUGGGUACUUAGUGGUUGAGUGGGAUCCUGACAACGGGGCUCACUGGUAUCACUACAGAGAACGAGCACAUAUUAACUCUGACACUGGAGACCUCACACUUCAGGUGAAGAAGGAGGACAGUGGUGUAUUUAGAGGUCAAUUCCAGGUGAAAGGAGUUCUACAGUAUUUUGAACGUACGAUUACAGUGAUUGACACAGUUUCUGAGCCAAAAGUGACUUGUGAGCAGAAUGACACAGACAUAACACUUCUGUGCUCAGUGGACCCUCCAGUGCCUGUAGAGUUUACCUGGACAGGACCAGAUGGGUUCUCUCAUGUUGGGAAAAGUGUUCAUAUCACCAGAAAAGAAAGUGAUUCUAUCUAUUACUGCACUGCAAAAAACGAAGUGAGCCAAAAGACCAUAGAGUUCAAACUUAAGGAGUGUCCUGAAGGCAACAGCUGUACUGAAGGCAAUGGCCUUCCUGUUGCUUUAUCUACUACAGUUUUCUUUAUUAUUGUUCUGUGCACUAGCUUUACUCUACUGCAAUUGCUGUAAUGUGAACAAUGAUGAGGAUCUGAUUUCCACUGUAGAAUUUGAUAGCGCAAGUGAAGGUUUUCAGACAUCCAGGUCAUUGUAUUACUGAGUCAAUGUGAUUAGCCUCAUUGGGUUAUCUUAAUCAUCUUCAGCAAUAUACUGCCAGUCAGCUUAGCUUACUCACAGACAAUGCAAGCAAAAGUAAACAGCUUUAUAAUGUGUCAAAUAUGCUGUACUUUUAGAAAGAAAGAGCAUAUGGCUGAAAUUAAUGCUUCUCUGUAAAAAAAUGGCAUGAAAACGUGUGCUGGUAACUUGAAUUAUUGCAAUUAAAUACCUGUAAAGCAAAGGUCAUGUAACAUUUUAAGGGAACAGAGAUUUAAAAGCACAGGUAGUUUUUCAAGAAUUGUUAUUUUCAGCUUUGAAUAAGACCUGAUACUGAACAGAACACAAACCUUUUCACCUGUUAUUACUCUGUGCUGGAAAUGAUCACUCUUCAGUGCCACUGAGAUCUAAAUCACACUUCUGACCUUACAGAGGAACAUUAAUGCUAGUAUAGGCAAACUGUUAGCUAUCAAUCUAAUAGGUUCAUAAUUUUUUGAUGAAUAUGUCACAAUUCUCUGUCAC